CCCUGUUUACUCUGGGAGCAUGAGAGCGGACAUCACCACUGUGGUCCUUGCAUUGGGGAUCUCCAUUUUCAAACCUUGUCGUCGCAAAGCCGGGAAGAAGGUAAAGUUUGUGCCAGCUCUGUGUCUUGCAAAGGAUCUAAUUUCAAAAUGCGGAGCUCCAGAUCAUUCCUGUUCCAGGUGUGUUUGUGUCUGGUGGUUUCUGUUGGCUCCUGCACCUGUAAACCUCUUAAUAAUGACAUCCAGAGUGAGGACCCUGAGGGACUCUACUCUCAGCUGUCAGAGGAGGACCUUCUGGAGGAGGAAGACACCGACUCUAGGAUGGAGAACCUCCUGGGAACCAUGAAGGAGGGCUUUCUGAGGAAACUUAACCUGUCAGAUGUUCCUCAGGAGAGUGGCAAAAUCUACCCUCCUCAGUUCAUGAUGGAACUCUACAACAAGUACGCCUCAGACAGCUCAGCAAACCCUCAGUCUGAUGUCAUACGAAGCUUCACUGUCCAAGAUAUCCCUCUCUGUGUGACGAAUGGCACAAAGACAAAGAACAGGCUGCAGUUCAACAUCAGCAUCCCCACCCACGAAAAGAUCACUUCUGCUGAACUACAGCUCUUCUUCUUCCCAGAUCUCAGGUCAGGGGUCACCUCCCACAGCUUCAAGACCACCGUAAAAGUCUAUGAAGUGGAUUACAAUGAUUUCACAUCCACCACCCAACUGCUGGUUGGCAAAGAGGUGACCAGCUUGGAAAGCAUGUGGGAGACUUUUGAAGUGACCACGGCAAUUCAGAACUGGAUCGAGUUAGGCCAUGGAGCAACGGUUUUUGAUGUUGUGGUGGAUAGGAAGGACUGUGGAGAAGAAGGAACAGGCUGUUUGAAUAUGAGUGUGUCUGUUGGAGAUAACACUUCUGUGGCUUUAAUAGUCUUCUCAGAUGACCUGGGUAGCAGGAGGAGGGAGAAAAAGAAAGAACUAAGAGAGAUGAUCCUCCACGAAGAAGAAACCAUCUUACACUCGGGUGCCGAUUGGAACAGAGGAGAUCAGCUUCCAAACGAGAUCCCUAAUGCUCCACGGAGAACGAAAAGAAAGGCAGAGAGGGAAUAUUGCCAGCGGACGUCUCUCAAGGUCAACUUUAGAGACAUUGGCUGGGACAGCUGGAUCGUGGCACCACCUGAAUAUGACGCCUUCGAAUGUCGAGGACUGUGUUACCACCCAUUGACGGAUGAAAUGACUCCAUCAAAGCAUGCCCUUAUCCAGACGCUGAUCAACAUCAGGAACCCCAAGAAGGCCAACAUGGCGUGCUGCGUCCCCAUCAAACUGGACCCCAUCACAGUCAUGUAUCAGGAGAAUGGACGGCUAACUAUUAGAUACCUGUACGAGGAGAUGAAGGUGGCAGAGUGUGGCUGCAGGUAGUCAGAGGUUUGCUUUGGUGGUAGCACAGGUGAUUAUAAUGGCAUUCAAGACAGUCUGAUGUUAAUGCCCUCCAUCAGUCCAGAAGAAAUAGUACAGCACCGCAGGUCCUAGAAAAAGAUAAGAUAGAACUUAAUUUAUUUCAAGGGAAAUUGUUGUGGAACAUUUGCAGUACAAAGUAGGUGCAAGAAACAUGGAUGCCGCCUAUUACCCAUAUACACUGAACAAACAUUUUAAUGCAACACUUUUAUUAGAGUUUUUUUAUGCAUUCAAUAGAUAUAUUUCUGUUAACCUUUGGUCACAUAUUUGUUAAAUUCCAUGUUAGUGAGCACUCCUCCUUUCCAAGAUAAUCCAUCCACCUGACAGGUGUGGCCAAUUAAACA